UUAUUUUGAUAGCUCACGGUAAACAACACAUUAGUAUAUUAACAUUUCUACUGUCAAGUUACAUAACGUACGUCAGAAUCAUGCAAUUUCCAGUUGUUACUGUUGUGGAAGGUCAACUACGAGGAUGCCAAAAAACAAACUUACUCGGAGAUAAAUUCUAUUCCUUUUUGGGUAUACCAUUUGGAAAACCACCAGUAGGAGAUUUGAGAUUUAAGGCUCCAGUACCAAUCGAACCAUGGAAUACCAUAAAAGAAGCAACCGUAGAUGGUGAUGCUUGUUAUCAAAGAAAUGAUUUGACGAAUAUAGUUGAGGGAUCAGAAAAUUGUUUAUAUCUCAAUGUAUAUACGAAGAAUUUGCCUGAAGAGUCCAAGGAACUGAAGCCUGUAAUGGUCUGGUUCUACGGCGGAGCAUUUGUUCGAGGUUCCAAUAGUUCCAAGUUAUAUGGUCCCGAAUUCCUAAUGACCGAAGACAUCGUUUUAGUAGCUGUCAAUUACCGUGUUGGAUUUUUGGGCUUUUUGCAAACAAACGAUGUAUCCUUAGAUGUUUUUGGUAACGCAGGAUUAAAAGAUCAACAACUAGGUCUUAAAUGGGUUCAAAGGAAUAUCAGAAACUUCAAUGGAGAUCCACAGAACGUAACCAUUUUCGGAGAAAGUGCUGGAAGUGCAAGCGUUCACUAUCAUGUUUUAAGUCCGACAUCUAAAGGGUUAUUCCACAAAGCUAUUCUACAAAGUGGGUGUAUACUGAAUCCCUGGUCUUCUGCUAAUAAUUAUACAUUAGAAUUUGCCAAAUCUAUAAAAGAAGAUAUCAAAACAGAAAGAGAAGCUUUAGAACUUUUGAGAAAUUUAUCGGUUGAGGAACUGUUUGAAGCUCAGAACAAGUUUCGCAGUCCGAUAAGAGUGAUAGCGCCAUGUAUUGAGAAGCCUAAUCCAACUUCUAUCCUCACAUCUCCGCCAGCAGAAGUUCUAUCUUCCAGUCAAUAUAAUAGAGUACCAAUCAUGAUGGGAUUUUGUGACAGAGAAGGUCUAUUGUUCGAAUUCUAUAGAAAAAUUGCAUCAGCUACUGGAAAAAAUGAGUUUGAAUUGAAAAAACCAGAUAAAUCUAUGUUACUUCCACCUGGUUUGAACGGUGAAGAUCCCCAAAUCAAAAGUAUAUUAAAUACGUUGGAAGAUAUAUAUUCACGAGAACCUAUUUCCAAGGAUGUAUACGCGUUGCACACAGAUUAUAACUUUGUAGCAGGCAUAAUUGCAGCAGCUAAGAUUCAUGCCAAAACGUCAGAUAAUCCUGUUUAUUGCUAUAGAGUCUCACUGGACGCGGGGUUGAAUCUACUUAAGCAUAUCGGCAAGGUAACUGAACCAGGUACUUGCCACGGGGAUGAGUUGGGCUACAUAUUCGAUAUACACAUAGCAGCUGGUGUCCUGAAAAGAGGCGAUAUCGAGGAAAAAGCAAUCAAGAAUUUCGUGAAGUUAUGGACAAAUUUCGCGAAAACUGGUAACCCCACACCGCAAGGAAAUGAUUUGAAUAUAAUAUGGAAACCAGUUAGUGGAAACGAACUAAAUUUAUUAGACAUCGGAACCGAAUUAAGACCAUUAACAGAAUCAGAACCUGAACAAAUGAAAUUAUGGAAACAAUUAUUUAAAUUCAAUCCUCUUUUUACCGAUUUGUUGUAAAUAUAGAUACUAUAAUAAAAGUUUUUGGAGAAA